AUGGCUACAUCCACGAAAUUGGUUGAAUCAUUAGGGAACUUAGAGAGAGAUUCAUUCGUAUCCCUUCUCUCCAAUCUCAUCGCUGAAUCCAGACACGUCCAGAACAAUCCACCCGAACUCAUUCCCGAAGAGGACAGAGUUGUCAAGCACUUGCUAAAUUCCCUCUUACCCUUCAGCACCACCACCGGCGGCGGUCCCUUGAUCCUCAACCAUGUCACCUAUUUCCCCGGCAGAGGUAACCUCAUUGUUGAGUACCCCGGAACCGUUCCCGGCAAGAUCCUCUCCUUUGUUGGCUGCCACAUGGAUGUUGUCACUGCAAACCCUAACAAUUGGGAUUUUGAUCCGUUUACUUUGAGCAUCGAUGGUGAUAAACUUAGGGGUCGUGGAACUACUGAUUGUUUGGGACACGUGGCACUUGUGGCCGAACUCAUGAGGAAGCUUGGUGAAACUAAGCCAAAUUUGAAAUCAACUGUUGUUGCGGUUUUUAUAGCGAAUGAAGAAAGUUCUGCGAUUACUGGAGUUGGUAUUGAUGCACUUGUUCAACAUGGUCUUCUGAAUAAGCUAAAGGAAGGUCCUUUGUUUUGGAUCGAUGUAGCUGAUAAGCAACCAUGUAUUGGGACUGGUGGGAUGAUACCUUGGAAACUUCAUGUCACUGGGAAGCUUUUUCAUAGUGGAUUGGCUCACAAGGCUAUAAAUCCGCUGGAGCUAGCCAUGGAUGCGGUAAAGGAAAUCCAGCUGAAAUUUUACAAGGACUUCCCACCUCAUCCUCAGGAACAGGUUUACGGGUUUGCAACCCCUUCGACCAUGAAACCAACUCAAUGGAGUUAUCCUGGAGGUGGAAUCAACCAAAUUCCAGGGGAAUGUAACAUUUCAGGAGAUGUCAGAUUAACUCCAUUCUACAAUGUGAAGGAUGUAAUGAAGAAGCUGAAAGAAUAUGUGGAUGACAUUAAUGAGAAUAUACAGAAGCUAGAAUCUCGGGGUCCAGUUUCAAAAUAUGUCCUACCAGAUGACAACUUAAGGGGGAGCCUUACUCUAACUUUUGAUGAGGCUAACUCUGGAGUUGCUUGUGAUCUCAAUUCGAGAGGUUUCCAUGUUUUACGCAAAGCAACUGAGGAAAUAGUUGGAAAUGUAAAGCCUUUUUCAAUUACUGGGAGUUUGCCUCUCAUUCGAGAACUUCAGGAUGAAGGUUUUGAUGUUCAGUGUGUUGGCUAUGGUCUGAUGGCAACUUACCAUGCUCAGAAUGAGUAUUGUCUUUUUUCAGACAUGUCACAAGGAUACCAGGUGUUCGCGAGCAUCAUCGCGCAAUUGGAAAAUUGA